AUGGCUAAGAACCUGCUAACACAUACCACCUGUCCAAUUUGCCUGGAAGAUUUCCUAAAUCCUGUCUCGCUUUCCUGUGGACAUGUCUUCUGCUUUGAUUGCAUUCAAAGCUGGACUUCAGAAAGAGAGGAGGUCUGCCCCAUCUGUCGCUCAGUCAAUGAGAAACCGCUUGUGGAAGAGUGGCAAAUCAGAGCUUUCACGCAUUACUUCAGGCAGCAGGGUCCUGUCCUGGGGCUGCGUCUGCACCUCAGUGAAGAGCUGAGGUUCCAGGAGGACGUGACCCUGGACGCAGCUACCGCCCACUCCCUCCUUGUGCUCUCCAGCGAUCUGAGGAGCGUCCAGUGUGGGAAGACCUCCCACAACCUGCUGGAAGACCCCAAGAGGUUCACUCACCUGGUCUGCGUCCUGGGAAACCCCUGCUUCUCCUGGGGCCGCCAUUACUGGGAGGUUGAAGUAGGAGAAGCCAGGGAGUGGGCCCUGGGUGUCUGCCAGGAGUCAGUCGACAGGAAGUGGAAGGGUGAUUUAACCUCCGACCACGGUUUCUGGAUCAUCUCCAUGAAGGCAGGACUCAUUCACCCCAGCACCAACACAGAAGUAAUCGUUCCUGCAAGCCCUAGUCUUCACCGCGUAGGAGUUUUCCUGGAUGUCGAUUUGGGAGAGAUCAAGUUUUUUGAUGUUGGAAAUAAUACUCUCAUCUACGUGCACAGGUUCCUCUCCACCGUGGAGACUUUGCUUCCGUUCUUCUGUCCGGAACUUCCAAGAGAAGGUGCCACUGGUGCCCCACUGAGCAUCUGCCUAGAAGUUUCAGCCCUUCCGCAAGCUCUCAAGUGAUAAAGACCUUUGGCCCUUGGUCAGGAUGACGAGGAAGACACAAUGUUAGCAUAUACUGUCAACAUUUGGUAGAUAAUUUAGAUUGUAGAUUCUUGUGGUGGAAUAAUUGUAUAGCAUUUUUGAACAAGUCGGUAGAUUUGCAACUAAACGAGCUCUGUAUUUUGAGUAGAUUUCCUCACUAAAUAGCUAUGUAGCCUAUGGGGACACUAGGCACUGAGACCUCUGUUUGCUUGUCUCUGAACGGGAAUCUGGAUCUCUAAGAGCCAAAACAUUGUGAUGAUUGCUACACAACAUUGCACAUUUCUUAGUCAAUAGCAAAGAGAGAAUAUUAGU